AAGCCGUAGCUACAGACACAAAAAACCAAAAUGUUUUGUCUACACUUGACCGUCUUUUUUCUUGUUCAUUUCGCACACUGUGACGAAAAUAUCACAAUCCAGUACUACAAACAGCUAAUUCAAGUUGGAUCAGUGCGAGCUCUAUCUUACAACCUUAGUCAGAGAAGCGUUGAGUUUGAAAAAGGAGCCGCCUCCGACAAACUACAUGACUAUCCCAAAAAAUUCGACGUUGUGAUUAUCGGUGCUGGUACUGCCGGCGCUGUCGUCGCAACCCGGCUUUCCGAGAAUCCGAAACUGCGCAUUGCUGUAAUCGAAGCCGGGGGUGAAGAGAGUGACUUUUCCAAAAUUCCAAAUAUGGCUUUUAACUUGCAGUUUAGUGAUAUGAACUGGGGGUACUACUCCACGCCGCAGAAAAACUGCUGUUUAGGAAUGAACAACCAGGAGUGUAUGGUUCCGUCGGGGAAGGUUCUAGGUGGAAGUAGCGCUAUCGAUUUCGGGAUUUACCGCAGGUCAAGCCGCGUACGCUACAACGAAUGGGCAGUCAAAGGGUGGACGUACUUCGACGAUCUAUAUUACUACAAAAAGUCAGAAAACGAGCAAAUUCGUGGCGACUAUUUGUACCACAAAAAAGGGGGUGUUUUGAAUGUUGAGUACGGUAAACCAGAUUCGCCACUUCAACCUCUCGUUCUUAAAGCCAACGAGGAACUUCACGUACCCAAUAUAGACUACAACGGAAUACGAAGUGUGGGUGUUGGUAAGCCUCAACUCAAUAUCAAACACGGGCAAAAACAAAGUACCAAUACCGCUUUUCUGGACUACGCACGUUCCAGAGACAAUGUCGAAGUACUCACCCACGCCUUCGCCACCAAAAUCAUCAUCAACGAAAGCAAUAAAACAGCUCAAGGCGUCGUGUUUGUAAAAAACGACAAAAAAUAUAAAAUUAUUGCGACUAAAGAAGUCAUAGUUUCCGCAGGGACAAUCAACAGUGCUCAACUUCUAAUGCUGUCGGGUAUUGGUCCUCGCGAUCACUUGAAAGAGCACAAAAUCAAGGUACUGCAAGACCUACCAGUAGGCAAAACUCUCAAAGAUAAGACGUUUUUACCAAUCAUAGUGCGUACUAACUCCUCGUUACACAACCAAGGCGAUCUGGACACCGCUAUUAAGCAGUACCUACGCGGGUACGGUCCUCUCGUCAAACCCCUCUACACCGACCUGCUAGAGUUCAUCCACGCAGACGGUACUCCUGAAGACGCACCCACCUUCCAAAUCCUAAUGGUACCACCGCCACGCACCCAAGCCGCACUCUUACCACGCGUAUUCAACUACAACCAAACCGUCACACAAACAUUCCUAAAAAGCAUCAACACAGAAACGGAUUUUGCCCUAGAUGUGAUCAAUCUAUGUUCCAGAUCUAGCGGAAGCGUCAAACUCAAAUCUUCCAACCCCAUCGAUCACCCGAAAAUCGACCUGAAUUAUUUCAGCGAUCCCAGAGACGUAGAAGUUUUUUUAAAAGCUGUCAAAUUCGUGGACGAACAACUAGUGAAGACGAAAGCCUUUCGUGAAAUAGGGGCUAGUUUACAGACAACUGGAUUGUGUACUAAUUAUGAAAAAGGUAGUGAUGAACGUAAUGAGUGUGUUAUUCGUGCACUGGCCACGAGUGCGUAUGAGUUUACUGGUACUACUGCCAUGGGUGCGGACCCUAAGACGUCAGUCGUUGAUAAAAAUGCGCAAGUGCAUGGAAUGAUGGGUUUGAGGGUGGUGGAUGCUGGGAUUUUUUCCAAGUGUGUGUCAGGAAGGGCGGAUACGAUUAUGGCGGCGGAAAAAAUUUCGGACAUAAUCAAACAGAAGUACUCGGAUUUGCAUUGAAGAGGGUGGAAGUUUGUCAUUUUACUGUGGUGUGCACACAAUUGUUUUAAUUAAUUUUACUUGAAAUAAAUUUUUGUUCACAUAAUUUAAAACUCAGAGGAUGCUAAGCAACUGACAAAUUCGACACUGAUGGUACUAAUUUGGUGACCCUUACGACGUAGUACAUAAAGGCGAAACAUUUAUCCCGACCCACGC